GCCAGGGAAACAACUUCGCUAAUCUCCGCCCCUACAACUCUCCACCUUGCUAGGAACAAGCUGGCCAUGAAUCUGAUUUGCGAAUGCUAGACUCUGCAAAGACAGAAGCUUUUGUGCCUGCAAUGCGAAUCUCGUCUCUUGUUGCAAUACACAACCAUUCGACCCCAGUUCCUCUCGGCAACUCGUGCCGUGUGAUCGGACGCUGGCCCGGGCCAUUGCCGAGAUCGAGUCAUACUUAAUCCCCCUCUCUUAACCCCUCGAGCGUUAGACAACAUUCGACACGAAACAUUCCAGCAGGAUCCACGGCACAUGAGUAAGAAUGGCAGCAUCAAGCCCAGACAGAAGCGCGUUCACCUCCCAGGACUCCGUCGCACACCUCUGGCGCGACCUCGGCCUCCCCGAAGCGAGUCUGGCGUCGCUCGACAUCAUCGACCCCGAGAAACCAGGUCUCCCAUCCUCCUUCAAGGUGGGCCAUCUCGCGCAGGCGUCCAUCGCCCUUGCGACCUUGCUCGCCGCGCAGAUCCACAGCCUGCGAAGCCACAACUACAACCACAACCACAACCACAACCACAACCUCGCCCCACGACCACCCACAGUGACCGUCCCGUUCCGCCACGCCUGUGUGGAAUUCAACUCCUGGCGACUCUACACGAUCGACGGCGAGCCGGUCCAAUUCCCCCCAACCAGCCCGGUGGGCGGUCUACACAGAACGUCCGACGGCUACGUGCGCGUGCAUGACGGGUUCCCGAACCACCGGGACGGAGCCAAGGCGCUCCUCGGCUGCGCGCCGGAUGUGACGAUGGAUCGGGAGGCCGUCGCGGCGAAGGUGGCCGCGUGGCGGUGCGUGGACUUGGAGCAGACGGGGGUCGAGACCGGGCUCGCCAUCGCUGCGUUGCGGAGCUUCGCGCAGUGGGAUGUGCUUCCCCAGGCCCGUGCCAUUGCGGAUACGCCGAUCCGGCUACGCAAGAUCGGCGACGGCGCGUCAACGGGGCCGGGGCUGCCAGACUGCCUGGGGGCUGGCGGCGCGGAUAAGUGCCUGCGCGGGCUGCGGGUGCUGGAGAUGUCUCGCGUGAUUGCGGCGCCCUUGUCCGGCAAGACGCUCGCCGCCCACGGCGCCGAUGUCCUGUGGGUGACGAGCCCCAAUCUUCCGGAUUUGCCGGACCUGGAUCGCGAGAUGGGCCGUGGGAAGAGGACUAUUCAGCUGGAUCUGCAGGAUGAAGAGGAUGAAGCGGAGCUGUUCAGGCUCCUGGACGAGGCGCACGUGUUCAUCCAGGGUUACAGGCCGGGGAGUCUGGCGGCGCGCAGGCUGUCCCCGGAGGCGAUCGCGCGAAGAUGCGCCGGUCGCGGGAUCAUCUGUGCGAAUCUGUCGGCGUAUGGUCCGGACGGGCCGUGGGCUGGCCGUCGCGGAUUCGACUCCCUGGUCCAGACGUGCUCGGGGCUGAAUGUGUCCGAGGCCGAGCACUUUGGUGCUGGCGAGGCGGCCCGUCCGCUGCCGUGUCAGGCAUUGGAUUAUGCGGGAGGCUUUUUCCUCGCCGCCGGGGUCAUGGCGGCGCUGUACAAGCAGGCGACGGAGGGCGGAUCGUGGCAGGUGGAUGUCUCCCUGGCCGGGGCGAUGAAGUACUUGCGGUCGCUGGGACAAUACGAGGGCCGAAGCGGAUUCGACGCGCCCGAUUAUUUCCGUCCGGAGGAUGUGCCUUCGAAGUACAUGGAGACGCAUAUGACGGGGUUCGGCAGGAUGACCUCGGUGCGACAUUCAGGGUCAAUCCAGGGGGUGGAAGUAGGAUGGGAGAUCAUGCCGAAGCCAUUGGGCGCUGACGAGAAGCGAUGGUUAUAAGCUGCUCUAGGCCAUCAGUGGUCAAGUGGCAAGUGGCAAGUGUCAAGUGUCAAGUGUCGACCUCGUGUGUAUUCUUGGGUGCAGUUA